GACCCAGUGUUGUGAAACAGUACGUAAAUCGGAACACAGAACGUAUAACCCAGCUAAAUUAACUACCUCACAUUUUCAACAAAAAUGCUUUAGUUAAAGCUAUUUCCUAAAUCACCUUCAUAUCACUCUUGCCUGCUGUCUCGUGGAAAUGUUUUCCUUUUGAAAGCAUUUUGAAAGACAAUUUUCAUUUUAAUUAUCAAACAGAGGUGUCCUGUUUUAUCUUAUGCGAUGGUAUAACAGUUUACUUUGUCGGCAGACAGAGAUAAGCGGCGAGUGCGUUCAUUUCGAGUGACCUUUCUCUCAUAAAUUGUUCGUUCGAGGUUAUUUUCUUGUGGUUUUCCAAAACAAACAUUAACAUGAGAUUAACAUUACGAUUAUUUUCUUCCGUUGUUCAGAAACGACCAUUUUUCGUUUCUACGCCGAUCUUCUAUGUGAAUGCCGCCCCUCACCUAGGGCACCUGUACUCUGCGGUGGUGGCGGACGCCAUACAAAGGUUCGAGAAGCUGACAGACCCCAACUGCAAUGUCUUAUUUAGCACAGGCACCGACGAGCACGGUACCAAGAUCCAGCAAGCGGCCGCAAGAGCCGGGCAAGCACCAGCCGACUACUGCUCCGCCAUCUCGGAGGAAUACCGCCGGCUCUUCGCGGAGUACAACGUGGAACACACGGACUUCGUCAGGACCACGGAGGAUAGGCACAAGAAGGCUGUGGCUCACUUCUGGAACGAGUUGGUAGAAGGCGGUCACAUCUAUAAAGCCGUGUAUUCUGGCUGGUACAGUGUCAGCGACGAGAGCUUCGUGCCCGAGGCGCACACGAGGGAGGUCGUGCAGAACGGACGGAAGAUGCAGGUGUCUGCGGAGACGGGGCACGAGGUGGAGUGGACCGAGGAACCCAACUACAUGUUCCGGCUGAGCGCCUUCCGGGAACACUUGCUGCGGUGGCUCAAGACAGAUGGAGUAAUAACGCCCAGCAAGUUCCAAAAACAGCUACAGGAACAGCUAGAGCGGGAACCGUACUUCCCCGACAUCUCCGUCAGCCGACCCGCCUCGCGGGUCCACUGGGCUAUUCGGGUGCCAGGAGACGAAGAGCAGAGUGUGUACGUGUGGCUGGACGCGCUGGUCAACUACCUGACCGCGACCGGAUAUCCGGACGAGGAGACUACGCGAGCCCGCGGCCGCGCCUGGCCCGCCGACGUGCAUGUCGUGGGGAAGGAUAUACUCAAAUUCCACGGUCUAUACUGGCCGGCGUUCCUGAUGGCGGCGCGGCGGCACCCGCCGCGCGCGCUCGUGUGCCACGCGCACUGGACCGUCCACCACGUCAAGAUGUCCAAGUCUCUGGGCAACGUCGUGUGUCCGAGGGACGCGCCCGUCACUGGCGACGCGCUAAGAUACUUCCUGCUCAGGGAGGGCACGUUACACAGCGACGCCAAUUACAGUGAGAGCAAGUUAAUAAACAUAGUGAACUCGGAGCUGGCGGACACUUUGGGCAACCUGGUGUCCCGCUGCUGCGGCGCCGCGCUCAACCCGCGAGGCGAGUUCCCCGCGCUGCACAAGGCCGAGGCGGCACAACUCGCCAGGCGGGAUGUCACACAAGCGUUACUAACACGAGUGGAAAGAUUGCCAGACCAAUGUCGCGAGUAUUACUCCACGUACCAGUUCUACAAGGCGGUGGACGAGACCAUCGCCGCCCUGCACGCCUGCAACCUGUUCUUCGAAGCUCUCAAGCCGUGGGAACUGCGCAAGGAGAACCGCCAACGCGAGCUGGACGUAGUCCUGCACCUGGCCCUGGAGACGUUGCGGGUGUCCGCCAUCGUGCUGCAGCCCGUCGUCCCGCAGCUGGCCGCCAGUCUGCUGGACCGGCUGCAGGUACCCAGGGACUGCAGGAGCUGGGAGCACUGCCAGGUGACCUUGCAGGAGAACCGCCAACGCGAGCUGGACGUAGUCCUGCACCUGGCCCUGGAGACGUUGCGGGUGUCCGCCAUCGUGCUGCAGCCCGUCGUCCCGCAGCUGGCCGCCAGUCUGCUGGACCGGCUGCAGGUACCCAGGGACUGCAGGAGCUGGGAGCACUGCCAGACGGCGUCGUGGCUGGUGGCGGGCGCCAUCCACGAGACGAAGCACAUCCGCGGCGGCAAGUUCGUGCUGUUCCCGCGCGUGUGUGCGCACAGGAAGCCUGCGCCCGCGCCGCAAGGCCACAAGAGCGCCGCGCUGUGA